ACCGUUUACGAAAGCCUCCACUGUCAUCAACAGCCACCUAAGAAUCCAAACCACGAUAAUAAGCAAAAACCCCAGUUCGGCGGGCGGGCGGACGCAUCAUCGCACAAGCUAUACCUGCUAUCCGCCCAGCCAAGGGUUGCGGGCUACAAGUUCGAACAUCUCCAGAGGCUUUGUUGCAAGGGAAGCUUCCCAAAAUAUCCCCGCCACCACCAUCACCAUCGUCCGCCGGCAUCGCCCGGCCUCCAUUACCCAAAAAUGCAGGGUUUCAACAUGGGACGCUACGUCCCGCCCGAGCACGAAGGGCUUGUCACCUCAGGCAACGCGCUGCACAAAAAGCACCCGCUCGGCGCGCGCGCGUCCAGGCUCGCCUCGCAGGGGAUUUUGGUCGUGCGCUUCGAGAUGCCCUUCGCCGUGUGGUGCGCCACCUGCCCCAAGCCGACGCUGAUCGGGCAAGGGGUGCGGUUCAACGCCGAGAAGCGGCGCGCGGGGAGCUACUACAGCACGCCCAUCUGGUCCUUCAAGCUGCGGCACCCGGCCUGCGGCGGCGAGAUCGAGGUGCGCACCGACCCCAAGAACUCCGAGUUCGUCGUCGUGUCCGGCGGGAGGAGGCGGGAUGUCGGGUCUGCCGAGGCGGACGGGGACAGCCUGAUACCCAGCAGCGGUGGCGCGGGGUUUGUCAUUGCCACCGAGCGGGAGCGGGCAGAACAGCGCGAGAGCGCCUUUGGGAAGCUGGAAAAGACCAUUGCCGACCGCGAACGGCUCGAGAUGGCUGGCCGGAGGAUAGGCGAGUUGCAGGAUGUGGCAGACAGGCAGUGGGAUGAUCCGUACUCGCAGAAUCGGCGGCUGAGGGACGCUUUUCGGGUCGGGAGGCACGCGAGGGAGAAGGAUGCGGCAAGAGCCGAGGAGUUGAAGGAUCAGAUGAGUCUGGGUAUUGAGCUGCUGCCUGAGGCGGAGGAAGAUGCCAGGCGAGCAGCGCUGAUUGAUUAUGGCAGUGUGGGGGAUGGAGACGGCCUCGGUGUCGACAAGGCGCUAGCCAGGCCAUUGUUCAUGGAAGAAUCGGGUCGGAGGGGUAAAAAACGGAACGGGCCAGGAAGCGGCGAGCCGGCGAAGGGACAGCCGAAGCUCAAAGAGGAGAUUGCGGCAUCCCGGACGAAGGAGAAUCUCGUCUCAGAAAUCGUGAUCAACACUCGUGCCGCUAAAGACCCUUUUCUUGACUUUGGCAGCAGGGAGAGCACGCCGAGAGGCCCCACCCGGCUUCCGGGCCUGAAGAGGAAGAGAGCCGCAGAGGAACCCCCCGACCCUCCACCGUCUGCUGCGUCUGGGAAAGACUCACCGAAAGCGCUUGCUGGCACAACAGCUUUGGUGAGCUAUGAGUCAGAGUCAGACUAAACUGUUGGCUAUUUCAUGUCGUGAUGGGUUGUACGACCGGACUGUUAAAAAAAGCAAAAUGGAUACUUAGUGAUACCCCUGGGAUGCAUUACGGAGUUUGGAGUGUGUCUAGGCAGUUAUUAGCGUUAUAGACAUUAUUGCUGCUCG